CCCACCCCCCGCGCCCAAGCGCCCCGGGAGCCGGAGGGGGGGGCGCGGGCGGGGGGCGGGCGCGGGCGCCGCCGAGGCUUCCGUCUGGCUCGCGCGGCGGCGGCGGCGGCGGCGGCGGCGGCAGAGGUCGCGCACAGAUGCGGGUCGGAGCUGUGCGGGGCGGAGGCGGAGGCGGGAAGGCGGCUGCCCGGGGAGCCCCGCAGGCGCCCGAGAGCCGGAUGCCCUCGGUGGAUGAAAGAUGCAUCAUGGAAUGAAGCCGAGCCCGGGAGACGGAUUCCUGGAGCAGCCGCCGCCGCAGCCGCCGCCCCCCCGCAGGCUCCUGGCCGCGGUCCUGUGGUUCCAGCUGGCGCUGUGCUUCGGCCCCGCGCAGCUCACGGGCGGGUUCGAUGGCCUUCAGGCGUGCCCGGACCCAGGCGUCCCCGAGAACGGCUUCAGGACGCCCAGCGGAGGCGCCUUCCCUGAAAGCUCUCUCACCCAGUUUCACUGUGAAGACGGGUUCAAGCUGAAGGGCCCCACAAAGAGACUGUGUGUGAGACACCCUAAUGGAACCCUCGGCUGGAUCCCCGGUGAUAAGCCCGUCUGCGCGCAAGAAGAUUGCCGCGUCCCUCAGGUGGAAGACGCUGACAUCCGUAACAAGACCUACAGACACGGAGAUAAGCUGGUUGUCACCUGUCACGAAGGGUUCAAGAUCCGUUACCCUGACCUGUACAACAUGGUUUCGCUGUGUCGCGAUGACGGGACCUGGGACAACCUGCCCCUGUGUCAAGGCUGCCUGAGGCCGCUCUCGUCUUCCAACGGCUAUGUGAACAUCUCCGAGCUCCAGACCUCCUUCCCCGUGGGGACUGUCAUCUCCUACCACUGCUUUCCUGGGUUUAAGCUGGAGGGGUCGGAGUAUCUCGAGUGUUUACACACCCUCAUCUGGUCGUCCAGCCCACCCCGGUGCCUUGCUCUGGAAGUGUGUCCGCUGCCUCCCACCGUGAGUCACGGGGAUUUCGUCUGCCACCCACGGCCUUGCGAGCGCUACAACCACGGGACCGUGGUGGAGUUCUACUGCGACCCCGGCUACAGCCUCACCAGUGACUACAAGUACAUCACCUGCCAGUACGGAGAGUGGUUUCCCUCCUACCAGGUUUACUGCAUCAAGUCAGAGCAAACGUGGCCUGGCACUCACGAGACCCUCCUGACCACGUGGAAGAUCGUGGCGUUCACGGCCACCAGCGUGCUGCUGGUGCUGCUGCUCGUCAUCCUGGCCAGGCUGUUCCAGACCAAGUUCAAGGCCCAUUUCCCCGCCAGGGGGCCUCCCCGGAGCUCCAGCAGCGACCCGGACUUCGUGGUGGUGGACGGGGUUCCCGUCAUGCUUCCAUCCUAUGACGAGGCUGUGAGCGGCAGCUUGAGGGCCUCAGGCCCCGGGUACCUGGCCUCCGUGGGCCAGGGCUGCCCCUUGCCUGUGGACGACCAGAGCCCCCCGGCAUACCCCGGCUCAGGGGACACGGACACAGACCCAGGGGGAUCAGAACCCUGCGAUGGUGUCUCAGGCUCCUCCGAGCUGCUCCAGAGUCUGUAUUCACCUUCCGCGUGCCAAGGAGGCCCCCGCCCUGACAGCGCUGACACGGGGGCUGACACGGCAGGGGAGACAGCAUCCAGCAGCCCAGGCAUCGACAUCGCAGACGAGAUCCCUCUGAUGGAAGAAGACGCGUGACCAGCAGAGCUCCGACGAUUCUCCUGCCCCUGGGGGUGUGAACUGUCCACCCCGGGGUGAGACCUCGUGGGGACAGAGCUCGGGGGCCUGGGGGGUUCCAGCUUUGGGGGCAGUGACUCAUGUCAUCCAUUGCAGACCUGACUGCGGCUGGCAGGCUGGUGGCAGCGGUGUUCAUGACACUCGAAGGGAGCGGGGGCCCAGGGGCCCCGGAUGUUCCUGGAGAAGGUGUCCCGUGUGUCCCCGCUUCGGAGCAAUCCCGUGAUGUGCGCUAUGGGCACUGCCUGCCUGCUAUGAGCAUGUCCCUCACCGAUGCGCCCCGAGGUCCACUGCACCCAUCGCAGGCUCCGUCCGGGGGCUCAGCCUGCAGGAGGCCCCCGGGGGAGGCUCCCGGGCGCUUUGGGGCAACCUCCUUGACCAACACUGUACUCAAAGUGGGUGCGGCUGUUGCAGCGAGGGAGGAAAGAAAAGAGCAGGGCGGACCCUGCCUUCUGGAAGUUUGUCCAGAAGCGGAGUUUCUGCCCUCCAGGCUGCCCUCUGGGGAAGCAUGAUCAGCAUCUGUCCACGGACUGGCCCACGGACGGUGCAUCGGGUCAGUCUGGUGACUUCGUGGCCAGCCGGAUGUGGUCAGAUGCAACGCCUGGCAGCAAACGUUAUGAGGUAACGUUUCAUUUGGCGUUUUAAGGAGUUGCAGAACCACGUGUCUCAAGGGUCGCGAGCCCCCUCAUUACCCAUUACGGGGUCACCCCCGUGCAGCCAUACAGUUUAUUUUCCGAAACAGAAAUUGUUUCUGUAAACGUGGUCCUCCUCCACAUAAAGUAUGAGGUUGGAUUUUCUUCUUUCUAUUUUGUCUGCAAAGUAGACCGGCCACCCAGCCCAGACGGCUGCCCCCUCCCUCCCGGGGGCCACAGCCACCCCCCUGCCUGUGCACCUGCUGUGUGGGCCUCCCUGGGCCCACAGGGUGCUGUACCUAAGAAACUGAUGGAUGAAAAAUUCUCCUGAGUCCUGAAAUGUCUCCUCAAAUACAUGUUCAUCUGUGGAUUCGAUUUCUUUCUUCCUCUGGGCUUUAGACAAAUAGAAACAAAACUCUGACCCAUAAAAUUGCUACAUGGAGAGCUGGGAGCUUGGUCAAAUCCUGGUUUAUCUCUACGCAGACAGAUUAAAAAUUAAAAACAAAA